CCCAAGUCAAAGCCUCAGCUCUCCGAUUUAAGGGUCAAAAGAGAAUUAAGAAGAUCAAAAAAGGGAAACGUUCCCGUCUCGAAGCCGAAGAGACCUUCGAAGAGGUGGAAGUAAAGCAUGGAAAGUGGUAUCUUGUCGACUCUGUUGAAAGAUUUAGUGGCGUAGUAUUCAUCCAAAACCUGAUUGACGGAAGGUAUAUAUAUGCAGAGCCCGAUGCUACUUUAACUACUGGUCGAAUUUAUAGUGCAGAAGACACUGAAGGCCCAGAGCCUGCAGAGAUGUUUUUAAUCGUGCCGGCAAGCGAUGGACAAUACGCCUUUAAAUCCGGAUAUAAUCGGUACGUGGGAAUGAACAUCUCCGGAUCUCUUUGCGGUUAUGCGGAGGCCAUCGGGGCUUUGGAGCAGUGGAUCGUUCAGUGUAACCCAGACAAAACUUUUUCGUUUAAAAGUGCUACUAAUAAAUUUCUCUGUUCUAAAGGAAACGGAGUUUUAACUUCAAAGUCCGCAAAAAGUAUGGAUGGUGAGCCUUCCGACGAUGAUCCAACUGUGAACCUCACUGGGCUGCUCGACGACGACUCCGUCCGUUUUAAAGUGUGGACGGACCAGCCGCCACUGAUGGUUGCCAAGGCGAGGGUUACCCAUCACGAAGAAGACGUGGGGGUUUUGGAGCUCAACACGAGUAAGAAAUACCAAAGCUACCAGGGAAAAGGCGCUACUCCGAUGGUUUCCAAGGAAGGGAAAAAGGCGUUAAAGAUAGCAGCGAAAGAAGGAAGGCUUAACGAAGAACUUUUAGAGCGCCGUUCAAAAAUUAAGGCUGACAGGUACUGCAAAUAAUAGCUUCUACUUGUAAAGCGACGACAAUACAUAAUAAAAUUCGAGUCACCUAUAAA